AUGGCCAGCGACGUGCGGCCGCGGCAAAACGACACGCAAUCGGCACCAUGCGUCGGGCCUCCACGACCUCCUCCUCCUCCUCCUCCUCCUCCUUCUCCUCCUGUAAGCGGCUGCGCCAUCGCACCGUCGGCUCGCCGAACUAACGGCACCGCGACGAGCACGAUCCAAAUUAAGGAAGGAUACGCUGACACCUCCAAGAUGACCAGCCCGUCCCUCUCACACUCGGGCUCGGCCAGCGUCUCCCCGACAGCAGAUAGUCCGGCCUUGAGUCAUUCCUCCAGCACGCCGUCUCUGCCUAUCGAGUUUUCGUUGCCGUCGUCUCAUUCUGCAUCGCACUAUUCCGCGCAUACCACGAUAUCCCCCGCUGCCGCAUCCUCUUCUUCCACGCCAUUUGUCAAAGAGACAAACACGCUAGACGCAGCCGCACCCACAGCAGCGGAUUCAUCAUUGCCCACCACCACCACCGCAGCUUCAACCACGGCCGCCGUCUCCAGCAAGCCUUCGUCCUCAGCCUCGAUACGAGGCCCUGAUUCCGCCGCCGCCGAACUGCCGAGCUCGUCGCCGCCCCUCGACCUCGCCGCAGCACCAUCCACCACCACUGCCGCGCCCGCCCCCUCCAGCGCGUCUUCUGCAAGCGAGCCCGCCACCACCGCUGAGAAAGACCAAGACAUGAGCCCGCCACCUGCUGCCGGCGUGCCAUCAAGCUCCACGUCGCUCCCGGCCCAGAUACUCAGCACGGCCGACGGCCUCGCCGUGAUGCCGGACACCCUUCCGACGGACACAAACACGCCCAGUAUCCCCUCCAGCACCGCCAACCCGGCGACGUCGACCAGCAGCCUCAGGGUCACGCAUUCCAGCGAUGCAGCCGCGCCUACGACCAACAAGGGCGUCGUAGGCAUUCCUGGCGGAGGCGUUGCUGCUGCGCCCACGCCCUCCAACGACUUGCAGCUGCAAAACGACGGUGACGGCGGCGGUCCGUCUAUGGGUGUCAUCAUUGGCGGCGCAGUCGGCGGCGCGGCUGCUCUCGCUAUCCUCGCACUGUUGGUGUGGUUGUGGAGGCGGCGGGCGCGUAACCGCAAAGACCUCGGGCGGCCGCACACCCCGCUCGCCGCCACCGCCGCCGCCGCCGCCGCCAGUUCCCAUCACCAGCCGCCAUGCGCCAUCACGGGGCCGUUCGUCGCUGGUCGGCAAGCCUCGAUGCGGAUCAGGAACCCGCUGCAAGGAUGGUGGGCAUCCCACGGGCCGCCCCCGCGCAUCAACGGUGACCAGCCCAUGCGGCAAGUCGCCCCCGCGGCUACCGAUGACCCCUUCUCCGACGCCCACUCCACACAGGCCCAACAGGCUGUCUCGCAGCAGCAGCGUCUGCGCGGCAUCCUCAAACAGCCCGCGCCGAGCCUGCACAGCAGCCACCCCUCGGACGCAUCGUACUCGUCCGUCGCCGCCGAGCGGCGAUCCCGCGCGCACUCCCUCAACGGCCAGCGCGCCGCUGUUGCCGCCACACGACGCACUUCCUCCCUGACCAACGACCCCUUUCAGGACCGCCGUAACAAGUUCCGCUCCGACCCGUUUGAUCUGGAGCUCGAUAGGCAGAUGCUAGGCCAGUCGUCUGGGCAUAUCCGCGCGAGCUCUGUGUACAGUGGCGGUUGGGGUGGCGGCGCGCCGAGCUCCCGGUACACAAGCGGCGUGAGCAGUGCAUGGGGCGCGGAGCCGAUGGCAGUGGGCAACAGGCCAGGGGCGUCGGACAGCCCGACGCUGCCGCAACAAAACGCGAGGGGGUUUGAGGGCGGUGGUUUCGUGGGGCAAGCCAUGUAA